AUGAACUCUCCGUUUGAUUUGGGUUUGUACACGUCUGAAUAUACGCAACCUGAUUCACCCGCCAAGAAUUUCCGUGAUGGCGACGCUGCUUGGACACGAUUUCUGGCGGCCAGACCGUUGCUGUAUUUGCCAAAUCGAUCUCCCAACAAUGAUGAAGAUCCAAUCAACCGCCAGCGGCGACUAUGGACUUAUCAAGAGCUCCAAAGUUUUGGAGAUACAGUAGAAGAACGAACCCAUGCUCAACUUUUACUACAAGAACGCACUCUGCGUCGAUGGCACCAAUCUGCUACCGACAUUCAACGUUGUUUUCGAGGCAUGCACGCAAGGUUGUACGUGCUUCAACUUCGACGAGAACUGUUUGAACACACACUCACCUUGAAGAGAGCUAUAGAAUUUUCUUGUGAGCAGCGAAGACAACGCAAGGCUGCCACUGCAAUCCAACGCAGGUAUAGAUGUCAUCGUAAGUGGGAGAUAUGUCGACUACGAGGAGCUAUUACCUUGCAACGAGCGAUUAGGCGAUUCAUACACCGGCUUAAGCACCGGAAGGCUCUGUUGACAAUACAGCGCGUCGCUCGUUGCUUCCUGUGGCGAUUGCGUUGGCAAAGAUACAGGCAACAAGUGAGGAAGAUGCUCAUUGCAGCAGCUAGACAGCGACAGCUUGUACUGGCCACGAACGUUUUUCAGCGGGUACGCGAGAAGAUUUUACUUCAGCGCCAGGUAGAUGCAUGGACUUCUCAUCCAGAACGAAUGCAGACGCUGCUGCGUGCGCGCCGGCGCAAGCAAAAGGUGCAAGCUUCGCUCAUUCCUUCACUUCAAGGUACUGCAAACCGCAGCAAAGUAACAGAAAGUAUACAGCAUUAUUCUGCUCGGCUAGACGGGUAG